GAGUGCCUCAACUUUGCUUCCCUUUAUAGUGGGGUUCAGGGAUUCUUGUGACUAGAAUGUAGUCUAAAAAGUGUAGGAGGGGCCACUGCGGGGAGGUUGCUCAGCAGGCCGCCUGGGUGUCUGGGCAAUCCACAGGCUGCAGCGAGGGCCGCGAUGACAGAUUACGGCAAGGAGCAGCACAACAAGCUGGAGGCUCUGGAGUCCAUCUACCCUGACUCCUUCACAGUAUUAUCAGAAAAUCCACCCAGCUUCACCAUUACUGUGACAUCUGAGGCUGGAGAAAAUGAUGAAACUGUCCAGAUUUCCCUCAAGUUUACAUACAGUGAAAAAUAUCCAGAUGAAGCUCCCCUUUAUGAAAUUUUCUCCCAGUUAAAUCUAGAAGAUAAUGAUGUCUCAGACAUUUUACAAUUAUUAGCGUUACAGGCAGAAGAAAACCUUGGUAUGGUGAUGAUCUUUAGUGACAGCUGUGCAAGAAAAAUUAAAAUAGGUCAAAUAAAAACUAGAAGAGAAGAAGAAAAGAAACAAAAAGAAGCAGAGGAAGCUGAAAGGCAAUUAUUCCAUGGCACUCCUGUGACAAUUGAGAAUUUCUUGAGUUGGAAGGCCAAGUUUGAUGCAGAACUCUUGGAAAUUAAAAAGAAACGAAUGAAAGAAGAAGACCAAUCAGGAAAAAAUAAAUUAAGUGGGAGACAGCUAUUUGAAACAGAUCAUAAUCUUGAUCUAUCUGAUAUCCAGUUCUUGGAAGAUGCUGGAAACAACGUGGAGGUAGAUGAGUCUUUGUUCCGGGAAAUGGAUGACUUGGAGCUGGGGGAUGAUGAGGACGAUCCAGACUACAAUCCUGCUGACCCCGAGAGUGACUUAACCAAUUAAUGGACUGUCCCUUUCUGCCACAGCAUCUGUGGCUAUGCUGAGAGGGUGUUGAUGUUCCUUUAUUUUUUCUAAGAAAAAAUAAUUUUCAAGAGAAUAUUCUUCUGAUAGCUUUUAUCAUUGAACUUAAUAAACUGAUCUUAAAAUUUAAAAAUAAAUAAAUAAAAAACGUAGGAGGAAAUAAGCUGUGUCAUGAGUCUCAGAAUCUCCCAGUGAUAUUCAUCCAGUCCAUUUGGGCCACUCCUGUCCCCUUAGCUUUAGCCAGCUGGGUGGAGUUAAUGGCCAGGUUGUCCUGGGUCUGCCUCCUCACGACCUCACUGAU